AGCUAGUCUCAAAGGCACCAUCCUCCUCAGGCAAACUCUAACAGUUUUCUGUAGUUUCCUCUUUGCUUUUAUCUCAUCUCUCCAUCCAUCGACCAUGUCGGCCUCCGUCCGCACAUCGUCCUCCAUGGGUCCCAAGACCAUGACAUCUAGGUCCAUAGUUUCUCAGAGUCGCAGUUGUAUGAUUCCACAAAAAGCUCACAGUGUGUAUGGCGGUAGUUUCGGAGGAAGCACCCGUAUCUCUUCUGCCUCCAGAAUUGGAGGAGGUGGAGGAUUCGGAGGAUAUGGAGGCUAUGGUGGAGGAUACGGAGGAGGAUUUGGAGCAGGAAUGGUUGGAGGCAGCUAUGGAGGGGAUAGUAACUUGAUCCAGCUGAACGAGAAGGCCACCAUGCAGAACCUUAACGAUCGUUUGGCCUCCUACCUGCAGAAGGUGCAUACUCUGGAGGUUGCCAAUGCCAAGCUUGAGACCAUGAUCCGGGAGUACUAUGAGAAGAAGGGGCCGACUGCACAGAGGGACUACAGUGCCUACUGGAACACCAUCAAUGACCUGAAGGAAAAGAUUAAAAAUGCCACCAUCAACAACGCCAACAUCCUGCUGCAGAUCGACAACUCCAAGCUGGCUGCUGAUGACUUCAGAAUAAAAUAUGAGCAUGAGUUAGUGAUGCGGCAGUCUGUGGAGGCUGACAUCAGCAAUCUGCGUCGCUUGCUGGACCAGACAACCCUAACAAAGGCUGACCUGGAGAUGCAGAUCAAAGGUCUGCAAGAUGAACUGGCGUUUAUGAAGAAAAACCACCUGGAGGACUUGGCAGCAAUGAGGUCUCAGUUGACAGGCACUGUGAAUGUGGAGGUGGAUGCUGCUCCUCAGCAAGACCUCAACAAGAUUUUGGAGGAGAUUCGUUCUCAUUACGAAACCAUCAUAGACAAACACCGCAGGGAUCAGGAAGCCUGGUUUAAGGACAGGACAGUACAGUUGAACAAAGAGGUGGCCAUCAGCACAGAGACCAUAACAACCUCCAAGUCGGAGAUGUCAAAUUUGCGACACACCUUGCAGGGCCUGGAGAUUGAGCUACAGUCUCAACUCAGCAUGAAAGCAUCACUGGAGAACACAUUGGCUGACACAGAGGCUAGAUACAGUGCUAUGCUAGCAGGCUUCCAGAACCACAUCAACUCGCUGGAAGCAGAGUUGUGUCAGAUGCGGGCUAGCAUUGAGCAACAGGGAAGAGAUUACACCAUGUUGCUUGACAUCAAGAGCCGCCUGGAGCAGGAGAUCGCUACCUACAGAAGCCUCCUGGAAAAUCAGGACAUAAAGACUGAAGUACAAGGUGGAUCUACCACUGUCACCACUACCAUCUCACAGCAACGUGCAUUCAAGUAAAUGCAAAGCAGACUGCUUUUUGAGACAACAUCCAAACACAAACACACAUUAGGUUUUGAAUGAGUGUUGAGAAAUGUCAUUCGUGGUAUUGAGAACAAUAGCAAGUGCUACAAAGAAAACAAAACUGCACUUACGUUUGUGUUGUUAUGUGUGACAAAAAUCUGUCUCUGAAAAUAAAGCUGCUGCCAAAUAAUA